AUGGUGGCGCAGCGUUGUGGAACAAGAUCAGCUUGGACGCCUGGCAUUGAUACCUCGGACGUGAAGUGGUCCAGGGUGGAUAAGCGCGGAGCGAGCGUGCUGCUUUCGCCGGAGGAGGUUCGCAAGGAUUUGGUGGCUGCGAGAUCAAGGACAAUGCUUGAGAUCCUGGCGAGGCAUAUGAUCGUCUACAGGCCGGGAAGUACGACGGAAAAAUCAAUGCUACUGAAAAUGGUGGAGUUCCUUGAGGCAGCGACCACGGCGCACGAGGCCAUAGCGGGUUUGCGUCAGCGGGCACGAUUCCACCAGAGGGCAAAGGACGUGGGACUCGCGACUCUAGACCCCAGCAAUUUGCUGAAGUCACUGGGGGGCAUGGUGAAAAGCCCAUUGAAUGAGCAUGGCGACAUCGCGUUCCGCAUGAACUUGAUAAGGUAUAUCACCUCCGCGCCCACUGAAACCAAUGUCAUGGCGAUCCACCGCGCCUACCUGGCGGAAUUCGAACAGCUGGCGUAA